AUGCCAAGAAAAAGAGCUAAAAUAUCUACAGCAGCCCAUCACAAAGGCAAUGAACCCUUGGAUGACUCCUUCAGUGAUGGGGAACCUGAAAAAGUAGCCAAUAUGCACACCCCUGAAGUACCUCAGCAAGGUCAGUUUCUCUUCAUCUUUAUAUAUUUGGCUCAUAAACUUGGCCCUGGAGGUGUCCUGCUUAGAAGCUAGGACAAGUUCAACUUUGCCUUUAACUCUGUGAUGUUUUCCACAUUAGUUAUAAAUGUUUCAGGUUAAUGUGGUGUUAGAGGCAGUAUCUGUCUUCUUAUUCCUAGUGUUUAGCCUGUACUCCUUAUAUUGUGCCAGAAAAGCAAGAAAUGAUUUAAACAGAUAUAAUUUUGAGGUGGUGUGAGAGUAGUUGUUUGCAUCUUGUGUGUCCUUAGGCAAGUACUGUGUAUAUUUUAAACAUGUUUGAGCUUUGCAUCUUGUAUUGAGAACGUCUGCAUUGAAACGAAGCAGUAGGCCACAUAAUACAGUACAUUGGUCAUCAGACAUUUAGGAUUUUAUUGGUGAAUGGGUUAAUAACUGAAAAGUGACACCAACAAAUUAUUCAAAGAAAACGUUGCCUCAAUGAGUUAAAAAUUUGUUCUACGUCUUCUUGAAAUCUAAGUGGCCAGUUUUCUCUGUGUGUGACAAACUUCCUGUCUUUGAGGAAUAGUGCUGUUGCUGUCAUUACAGCUUGCAGGGCAUUGUGCAGAGAUCCUCAGACCACCUCCUUUACAGUGUACGUAAGCUCUGAGCAUGCCUGAAAAUGCAAGUCUGUAGAAAAAGUUGUUUUCUUUGGAUUUGUAUGGAUGAAAGACUCUUAUUGCCAGCAUAUUACUUUGAAAAUGUUGUGGCUUUAAAGUACAGUUCUAGUGGUAGAAUAAGUUUGCUUGUAAAUGGAAGCAACGUUCUAGAUCCUUUUCCUAGUAAUUCAGCCUGUGGAUAGAAAUGUGUUGAUUCUUGUAUAGUAACAGUGUUACUGGAAGGGGGGAUUCUUCUGUUUUUACUACAGAGAUGAAAUAUUUGUAGGUGUAUGUAGUCAUUAAGUUCGUGUGUCUUUCUGCUUUUGUUUGGAAAUUUCUAGCAGUCUCAGACGGAGUAGUUGACAAUCGCAGUUUAGAAGAGAUUUUGAGUAGCAUCUCUCCUCCCCCACCUCCAGCAAUGACCAAUGAAGCUGGAGCUCCUCGUCUCAUGAUAACUCACAUUGUAAACCAGAACUUCAAAUCUUAUGCUGGGGAGAAAAUUCUAGGACCGUUUCAUAAGGUAUCUUUCUUUUUUAAGUGACUUCUAAGUUGAGGUAAGACUUUCUUUUGACUUAGCUGCUCAUAAUAAAGUGAAAAUUACAGAUUGCUAAGUAACAUGGGGGGGCUUUAAAUGAAAGAAUGUGAAUUACUAUUGUCUGUACUUCUGUUUUCAAGAUCUUGCUUUCUGUGGAAUUCAUCUAGAAAAGGAUGCAUCUUUUUCUGUUACGAAUAAUUAUCAAUAAUUCACUUAUACAAUAUGAGUCCAUGUUAAUUUGAAAACAUAUUGAUACCCUUCAAGUAGCUAAUUAUAAACAUGCUUCUUUGUAACAUUUUGCUUGCUGAAUGCAGCUCAUUUUGCAGAGUUCACAGGAUAAAACUUCAGAAAUUUGAGCUAAUAGGAGGUGUCUUUGAAUAGGUUGUACUUUCUACCGUUGGCUGUAAAAACUAAGCUUUCCAGUAGUUCACAAUUUCCUGCACUAGGUGUAAUGAUAUUUUAAACUGUCUACAACGCAAAGAAGCAUAAUUGCUAGUGGUUAUUAAAGUGGAGUGCUUUCUUUUUUCUGUUAUGCAGCGUUUUUCUUGCAUUAUUGGACCAAAUGGCAGUGGAAAGUCCAAUGUGAUUGAUUCUAUGCUCUUUGUUUUUGGUUAUCGAGCACAAAAAAUAAGAUCCAAAAAACUUUCAGUUCUGAUCCAUAAUUCUGAUGAGCAUAGUGAUAUUCAAAGUUGCACAGUAGAAGUUCAUUUUCAAAAGAUCAUUGACAAGGUAUGUUUUACUUUUGUUAAAGUUGGGGAAGGUUUAUCAUAUAAUGUCCUAUAUCAUUUUAUUGAAACAUUGUGCCUUUCUAGUUUUCUGUGUUAAGAGUUCUGAAAGGUAUUUGAUAUACUUAAAAUCCAAUUCUGUGCAUGUACUCAGAAGUAGGUGCCACUGUUUAUUGGGGCUUAGUCCCAAAUAAGUGUGCAUAGGACUGCAGCAGUGGAGUUCCAUUUCUGCUUCAUAAGUAUAUUUAAGUAUAUUUAACUUGAAAAGUAUUGUCUGCACAUAUUACUUACAGCAAUGUAAAGCUUAUUCUACUUUCAGUUUAAAGUAUGUUUAAGCUAGAUAAGCAUAUUACAGGAACUGCUGUAGAACUGAAAAGGUUUUAUAUGAUUCAGGCUAGAUACAGGGUUGUGUGUGGUGUAUAUGUAAACUAUAAAUGUACUCUGAAAGACCACCUUAAAGUCAUCAUCCUUCCAAUAGCAACAUAUACUGACUUAAAAUAAAUUUUUAAACUAAUUUUUGGUAUGGUUUAUUAUAAAUUACAAACCUGUAGACACUACAUAUCUGUUUAAAAUUACAUGAUUUGCAAAUUUUUUAUAUUUCCCCUUUCACAAGGGAAAUAAAUUAAAAAAUUGUCCAGUAGCACCUUAGAGAACCAACUAAGUUUGUUCUGGGUAUAAGCUUUCGUAUGCAUGCACACUUCUUCAGAUACACUGAAACAGAAGUCACUAGACCCUUAUACAAGGGUUAGUGUUAAACUAAAUUCAAAUCAUUUCUCUUGCUUUUCAAAUUUGUGUGUGGGUAAUAUGUUAAUAUUGGACAAAAAUGCACAUCUGUGUGUAUUUUUAAAAAUAACCCCAAUUAGCUCAGUAAAACAUUACCAGGUUAACUGUCCAAAUAGUAAAACCAGGAGGGGGAUUCUUUGUACACAACUGGGGAUGCUGUUGUGGCUGUGUGUGGUGUUUUUUUUAAUUGUCAGCAUUGGUGGUGUAAUGAGCUGAAAAAGAAUAUUUUAAAAUAUAUAUUGAAACACUAUCCUUCUAAAUUAAUACACAUCUAAAAUAGAAAUAAUAUUCCAUCAAAGCCAGCCACAUACAGUCAUAUCUAAUCUUCCAUUUAUGCUUUUUUAAAUAAUAAAUCACUUUUCCAUAAGUAAUUUUUCUGUGGAAUUUCUUUGGAACAAAUUUAAGCUCUCAAGGAAUUAGGCUAGGAGGACAAACAAUUAAAAAAAAUAUUUUGUGGGAUAAAAUUUCAUAGAAAAAUAUUUUUGCAUUUUUUGAAUAUGGAUUAAAACAUUGUAUGUGUGGCUUAUCAAAGAUCUGCUUAAGUCCAUGCUUAAUUUGUGUAUAUUUUUAGGAUUUUUUUAAAUAAGAUGCUGUAUUCCCAGUGUUUUAAAACUGCCUCUUUAAAAUGGUUAACCUUGGGUACUGAAGGUUUUCUUUGCUGAAAACUGGGAGUAACUUCUCUGAACUGAUAGGAAACUGCUUUGCAAGUUGACAGGAACAAGAUAGGAGAAGGGUAGCUGUUCUACAAUAUGGUGGUAGGCAAAAGACUAAGGCUACAAUUCUAUUCACAGAUAUUUUGGAGUAUCCCACUGAACUGUGUUGUGAUUGCAUGUUUUCUCAGAAGUAAAUAUUAGUCUGCACAUUAAGUUGUUGAAAUCCUAUCCUACUAAAUUUUGAAAAAUUGGAGAGGUUCUGUGUUUCCAAGACAUUAUCUGACAGCAAAAAUGCUGGCAUGACUAAUAAAGGGCAUAUGUUAUAAGAUUUAUUAUGAGUUUGAAUGUCAGAGUUAACUAGGAUAUAACAGAUUUUUGAAAAUAAAUUAUUUAAUUUUGAAAUCUUGGGUAGACCUGUGGCUUAAAACUAACAAUUGUUUUUCUGGGUUUGUUUUCCUUCAAAACAGGAAGGGGAUGAUUAUGAAGUCAUUCCCAACAGCAAUUUCUAUGUCUCCAGAACAGCCUACAAAGAUAAUUCUUCCGUGUACCAUAUCAGUGGGAAGAAAUCAACGUUUAAAGAUGUUGGGUUUCUACUUCGAAGUCAUGGAAUUGACCUAGAUCAUAAUAGGUUCUUGAUUUUACAGGUAAUUCUUUGAAUAAUAUUGUUACUAAAUUAUUAUUUUUCUAACUGCAUUAGUUUAGGUAUAUCGGAGUAAGUCUUGUGUUCUAGAAACCUUACAGUACUCUAGCAGCACAUCAUGAUUUGUAUGUCAUAGUAAAUAUGCAAGUCAUUAUAUGCUGCUUUAGAAUUUUAAGGAAAAUCUUUUCUGGUAUUAUGGGUUUUUUUUGUGUUGUAGGCAGACAAGUGAGUAGAACAAUUGUUAUACUUGUUCCGCCCUAGCAGCACGUAAAUAUUGGUGUAGUGAAGAUAAUCUUAACCCCAAUAUUAUUGUGCUGCUUAAGCGUAGCAGGGAUUAAGCAACAUUGUUGUUUCUUUCUGUCCUACAUGCCAUGUUAAUUCAGUACUGAAAUGUAUAGAUAUUAACUACAGUAUAUGGUUGAAAUGAACAUUGCCAUUUUCCUUUGACAUCUUUCUAGCCUCAGAAGCAUGAAUAGAUACAAAAUUAACCAAAUCAUGCACUCUGAAAGAUCAAAUUUCAUCUUUUACAAAUAGUUUAAAUUUUCACAAUAGUGUAUGAUUGGACCAUUUAUAACUGGAUUUAACAACAAAUAUUCACUACUCAUGCUACUUAAAUAAAAGUUUCAUAUGUGACACAAACAAUUCCUCUUCUGGGAGAAAAUUGGUGUAACCUGAUAUUUGCUAAUUUCCACUUUCUGUUUCAUGAUUAUGGCUGAAUCCCCACACUAAUCACCAGGGAAAGACUUUUGUAAGAAACCUAUGGAAUCUUAACAACAAGUACAAAGUACAGAUUUUAUUUGGAAUUCAUUCAGAAAAUGUCAGGAUACUAUAGAAGGGCAAGCACUGGAAGUUAUAAAGGUUGCAGUGGAAGGGUUGGUCUUCUGUACAAUGCCAGCAAGCUUUGGGAAUGUUCUUUGACAUAUAUGUUGGAGGCACUUGUGUGGCCUGGGUACCGUUUGAAGCAUGGGCUAUAGCUCUGCCUACAAGCACUCUGAUGUAAACAUGUGCUGUAUGCUUAAAGGGUAUGGUCUCAUUAUAUGUAUGGAUACAAGCAGUGUUAAAAACUCAUAUAAGCUAAUCGCCAGAUGGCGCUUUAAACCUUGGUUACGAUUGCCACAACAGAAUGUCUAGGUGCCAUUCUCCACCCCCCCCCCCGUGAAGUUUGUUAUUAUUAAUUUCAUUUCUAUACUGCUUUCUCUUCUAAAGAAAAAUUCUCAAUGCGGUUUACAGCACAUUAGAACAUCAAAUAAAACAACCCAGAAUAAAACAAAUUCAAGGUUCAAGGAAAAUAUUUCAGAUCCUUUUCUAAGGGACCUUUUGCUUUCCUUGUAUUUAUUCACCUGUUUAACUUAUAUAUCUGCCCCAUAGCAGAAGUACUGUAGAAAGCCAGUGUGGUAUAGUGGUUAGAGUGUUUGACUAGGACCUGAGAGAUCAGGGUUCAAAUCCCCACUUGGUCAUGAAGCUUACUAGGUGACCUUGGGCCAGUCACAGCCUCUUAGCCUACCUCCCAGGGUCGUUGUAGGGAUUAAUUUUAGAGGAGGGUGAACCAUGUACUGCUUGAAGAAAAAGGUGGGAUAUAAAUGCAGUAAAUAAGCUCUUCUGCUUGAGAAAGCUGAAGAGGCCAGCCAGACGGUAAUGCCAACCUGGCAUCCAGAGAUCUCUAUGGUUGUAAUUGGAUUUGCGCCAGUCACAAACACACCUGGCACCUGGGGGAUUUCUAGCACUGGAUACAAGAAUUUGUUUAGAUUUGUUUGUUGCUUCCUUUUUUACCAUAUUCAGACAGGAUCAGAUUUUAAUUUCAUUGAACUUUGAAGAAAUCAGACUGGUUAUAUAGUUAAGAAUAAGAAACCGUAACCUUGUGUGGAAUUAUAGUAGCUGGAUAAAUGAAUGCUCAUUCUUCCAAUAUUUGCACAACUUUCAUUUAGCAUUCUUUUUUUUAAUGUGCUUCAUUUAAUUGGUUACUUAUUCAUUGUGUCAUAAUGGGAAUGCGUCAUAAUGGGAAGGUAUGCUUCUCAGAAUUGUUGAAAUCAAUGAAUGAGUGUCAUCAACAUGCACAUUUUAUAAGAUUAAUAAUAGUUACUUCCUUCAAAAAAUAAUAAAUACCUGUUUUCACAAUUAGUUAUAUAAUAUGCUAAAAGACCCUAUUUUUUAAUGCCCCAGGUUAAAUAAUGUACAGAUUUAUUACCCUAUUCCAGCUCUUUGAAUUAUUUGUAUUAUUUAAAGAGGCAUUAUUUUCUAAGCACCCAUACCUUUAUAACUUAUGAUAACCUGUAUGAUUGGUUGGCAAGCUACAUCCUUGAAUGGUAUUAUUGUUUUCAUUGGGCAACUGAGUAAUUGAAAUGUUGCUUAUAUUUGAUUUGGUAAGCGAUAAUAUGUACUAUUUCUGUGCUAGUUUCUUUCCUUCUAUCUCUCAAGUUCAAAAAUGGGAUAUAACUAAAUGCAAAACUAAACUAAGUUGAUUUUCUGAAGCUUUUUGUAUAGUAAUUUCUAGAACAUUUGAAGGCAAGUGGUUUGAAUUUAAAUCUAGACAAUUUAAUUAAGAAAAUUCCUAAUCUUAAAUCAAGUUUCCAUUUGUAGUUUAGAUACUUAUUAGACCAAUCUACACACUAAGGACCUAACUAUAGGCUAACUUAUUUUAACCUCUAUGUAGAACUAAUAUAUUUAGCUGGAAGAUAGUACCAUCAUUAAUAAAUAUUUAGGUAGUGGUUUGGCAGAAUGGAAGGCAGUCAAGCUUGUUUACCCAGUGCCCUGCUCACCCUCUCAGGUCUCACACUGUCAGGGCAGAAGUAAGAGCAGAGCAGCGCUCUUGUGUUCAUACAUCUUCAGUUUUGUGUUGGAUUUUGGCUUUUUUUCUUCUACAGUGGUACCUCGGGUUACAUACGCUUCAGGUUACAGACUCCGCUAACCCAGAAAUAGUACCUCGGGUUAAGAACUUUGCUUCAGGAUGAGAACAGAAAUCACGCGGUAGCGGCGCGGCAGCAGUGGGAGGCCCCAUUAGCUAAAGUGGUGCUUCAGGUUAAGAACAGUUUCAGGUUAAGAAAGGAACUUCGGAACGAAUUAAGUACGUAACCAGAGGUACCAGUGUAUUGGAAGCAGUUGAAACAAAAUUGACAACACUAACACUAUGUCUAGUGUAGCUUUCUUCCUGAUUUGGGGGCAUGUCAGGGACUAGGAAAACUUUAGAUCCAUGCCUUCCCUUGCUCUAUCUAUGGCACUCCCCCUUUUCGGCCUUACUGAUGUUGGAGCUCUAACCUUGGUAGGGCAAGGCCACAAGUUUCCAGUCAGAGCUCCCUCUCUGAGGUUGUACUUCUCACUUAGUGUAGGAGUUUCAAUAGUUCCUAUAGCCCAGGCAUGUCCAAAGUCCGUUUCAGUGGCUCAACAAUCUAAAAAAAGGUCAACAACUGUGGUUGGCCCUUUGGUCCGCCCUCACAGCCCUUCACUUCAUCAAAUCUGGCCCUCUUUGAAAAAAGUUUGGACACCACUGCUAUAGUCCCUGUGACUCUUCUUCAGGGAUCAUAGGAUUGCAGGGCCUCUUAGAAAGAAGUUAUAUGAAGCAUUGUUUAUUUAACUAAUAACUGACUCUUUUCUCAAAAUUUUGUGCCUCUCUGUAGUAGUGUGGUAACUGGAAGUUAAUGAUGGACAAUAUACCAAAGAAUUGGUUAGUAUUUUUUAUUUUAAACUAUGGAUUUUUCCCCUCAGUGCCAUUCUGUAUACCUUCAAACAAACUGAGCAAGAACCUUUAAUUGCAGGUUAAAAGGUAAAGGUACCCCUGCCCGUACUGGCCAGUCGUGACCGACUCUGGGGUUGCGUGCUCAUCUCGCUUAAGAGGUUGGGAGCCAGCGCUGUCCGAAGACACUUCCGGGUCACGUGGCCAGUGUUACGAAGCUGCUCUGGUGAGCCAGCACCAGUGCAGCGCACGGAAACGCCAUUUACCUUCCCGCUAUAAAGCGGUACCUAUUUAGCUACUUGCACUUAGGGGUGCUUUUGAACUGCUAGGUGGGCAGGAGCUGGGACCGAAAGACGGGAGCUCACCCCGCCGCGGGGAUUCGAACCGUCGACCAUGCGAUCGGCAAGUCCUAGGCCCUGAGGUUUUACCCACAGCGCCACCCGCGUCCCUUUUACUUGCAGGUUAAAUGGUACUAAAUGGCAAUGUGGCUCAGAAGGAUGGGUUUAUAGUCGAAUAGUAUUUGUCCAUCUCAUGCAAAACUAAUUUUCAUGUGUGGUUGGUAGGUAGAGAUAUAAAAUGGGGCUGUUUUUAAUGUGUUGGCCUAUCAGGAUACUUAGCCCAUUUGGACUCCACUUCAGGCAGCAAACUAAAUUGGGCUGGUUCUACAUGAACAUUCAUUGCAGAUGACAGAACCCAAGAGAGAUCAAUGGAGGUUUCUGUUCCUGCAUGUGGGGUGGGUAUCACUAACUUUACUUUCUAGCUAACUUGCUUUCCCAGCUGUGGACUGAUGCUCCAGAGGACCCCAUGGGACUUUUUUGUAUGGGGCAGUAAAGGGUGGAGGCUGACCAUGUUGCACAAGUGGUGAGCCACAGAAAUGACUCUAUGAAUACCUGUUCUUAAACAAGCAGCAUAAGUUUAAUGCACAAGAUGACCCCUGCGGGUAUGGCAUCUGCUAUGACUUGCUAGUCUUUGGCUACCAGUUUUGGACUCAUAAUAAAUUUUAGCUGGAAUCCAGAGAUCCCCAUGCAUAAGUGGAAAGGGCUUCCACUGGGAGAAGGAUUGCCUAUUCUUCUACCAUGUGCAGCUCUUCACUUAAUGUUGAAGCUCACUGUUAACUGCCCCCUCCAUGUUCAGCAGGUGUGAAGUAUAUCAGAGUUUAGGUGUGCCUGAAAAAAAAAUCUGCAAGCAAUCCUUUGGAUCCCAGCCAAAAUAUGUGAAUGUAAAGAUGUAAUUAUAGUUCUUGACCUCAGCAGCUAGUUGUUUUUUCUCAUGGUUCUUACUUCACAUAGAAUAGCAGUUUUAUACACAAACUGUUUGAUACUGUGUCACAUGAUCUAUAUGGAGAGGGUUCUGGAUUCUAGCUUAUAGCUAACUUGGUUCCAUUUACUUCAGUGAGUCUUGGAUGCGACUGUCAGUUUAAUUAUAAUUUUAGGUUUGUCUUAAGAUACUUGUAUUAUAUUCAUCUUUUCUUUCCCAGUUUAUAUAAAAAGAUAAGCUUAUACUAUAACUAAAGUUAUAUUUUAGUUUUCUACUACCCAUGAUACUUGAAGGAAAAAUGUUAGCAGUUAAUCUGCAGCAUCCUUGCUCAGCUAAAAAUAAUCAAUUUUAAAAUGUGUAGUAAAUUUUACAAAUAAUUUUAAUAUUCUGAUUACAUUUUAAAUGCAUUUUUUCUUGAAAAUCAUCUUAGGUUUGAAAAUAUUUAAAAUAUUUUUAAUUAAAAUAUUUUUAAUUGUCUGCAUUUUAAUAGAAAGAACAACUUUAAAGUUGCAUGAUUCUGCCAAAUUCAUCAUUGUAAUUCCCUGGUUCUUAUAGUUAGUUAAACUUUCCCCCAUAGAAAUCAGUGACACCUAAAAAAUGCUUAACAUUUAACUGGAUGAGGCUCAAAUGUAUUUGCUAAACACCACCACACAAUUUUAUAAGUUUAGCUUCAAUGUAUACUUAUACCAGUUAUUUGUAGUAUUACUCUGCUAUGAUUUUUGAAAAAAAUAUGCCAUUAUUCUUGCUUUAAAAUCACACAAGUUCCUAAAUCUGCACAUCACAAAUUGAAUUUACUUUGUACGCAAUGCAGCUUUUAACAACAACCUAAUUUCUUAAAACUGGUAAAAGAUAAAACUCUGAAGUAUGUCAGGGUGUAUUCAGAUCAAUUUCAAAAAUAUUGCAUGUUUAUGGUAUAAUUUAGAAGUAGAGGAUUUUUGGUUUUGCAUGUGGUGAGUUUUUAUUUUGUAUGAUGUAUUCUAACAUCUAUUACUGAAACCAAACAAAACUUAAGAAAAAUCUGCCACAGUUGAAUAAUUGCAGCAACAACAAAAACUUGAGUUUUCCUGACAAUUUACAAGUAGCUUGUAUGCCUCAUUUAAAAAAAUUACACAAGCAGUAAAAUAUUGUUCCUAUCGACUAUUACACUUUCAUUUAUUUUUUGAACAUAUAGUACAGAGACUGUAAUGGAUAGCUCUUACAAGUCUAUCAACAGAUCUCUUAAUCAUUUAUGUGGGAUAGUGGUUGCUUUCAUUGUUUCCUUCUCAAAAUUACUAUAAAGGCAUAUUGGAGCUUGUGCAGUUUAAGCAUAGUCAAGUCAUACUAACAUGCUUAUUUCAAUGAAAGUAUUGAGCACUUUCUUAAGUCUCUCCCAGUGAAAGCAAAUAUAUUUUUAACGGUGCAAUUCUAUACAUGGCUACUCAAAAGCAAGUCCUACUUAAUUCAGUUGAGGCUUAUUAUGAGGAAACUGGUUUGCAGCCUAAAAUACUGCACUGUGGAGUGUCUACACAUUUUAAAAUAUAUUUAACUGGUGUUAGUAUUUUUAUUGUAUCUGUAAGUUUCUUUGAAUCACUUGAGUAAAGUGACUAAUAAAAUAGCAAAAAUAUAGAUUUUAAAACAACCUGUUUGAUUUGCAUUUCAAAGAACAUAAUAUCCAGAAUGUUAAAAAACAGUAUUCAGUAAUAUUUCAGUAAAACGUAUUUGGUGUGUAUUGGUUACCCAGAGAAGCGUUUUGCUGUUGAAUCUGAGGGUUGUUUCAUGGUUCCCCCCUCCCUUUCUUUCUGUAUUUUAAAAAUAGUGAAAGUGAGUAUUAAGGAUUUCUUUGCUCUCUCUCUCUCUCUCUCUCUCUCUCUCUCUCUCUCUGUGUGUGUGUGUGUGUGUACACACAGACACACCAAAUCAAAAUAAAAUAUAGAAGUUGAAUAAAAUUCAUGCAAAAAUACAGUCAUGUAUGGUUUAUUAAAUUAUUCUUUAGUCAUUGUUUCCUUUUUUAAUAAAACAUAACUUUAUUUUUUUAAAAACUAGAAGUAGUAUCCAUAUUAUUAAAAUCAUUGUGUAAAUGGUAGCUCUUUAUUUUAAUGAUUAUAUCGAUGUUUGAGGUGAUUAUAACAGUAUUAUGCAUGCAGUAAUUUGUUUUUAUAGUGCAAAAAUGCAAAUAGCUUUGCCAGCUGAAAUCAACAAGUCCCUGUCAGAAGAGUAGUGAAAAAAGGCUAUUUAACACUUAAUAAAAUAUUAAAAUAGGUGAAAGUCCCCAGUGUGGAUAAUUUUUAUCAGGGUUUUCUGUUUGCACUUCUAUUAUAACAUAUCUAAAAUCCAUACUGAUUUCUUUAUAUAAUAAUUAAAAUACUGAUUUUCAGCUAAGUUGGGUCCACAUUUAUGUAUUGCAUAAAUAAUAGUGUAUUUAUUAUUUUAGAAAAUUGUACAUCAUAUGUUUUAAUAAAUAAAUUACUGUUUGAGUAUGAUUUGAGCUGCACUGAGAGAGUGGCUGGAAAUGAAUUGCAUACAUAAGUGUAUUUUAUUUUAAAAUCUGGAUCUUUUCUUUGUCUAUACUUUGUAUUCAAGUGCCCAGAAUUUUAUUUAAAAAGUGCUAGAUUCAGUGUCUUUCAAUUUCUAUGAGUUGGAUAUAAAAUUUGUUGGUUGGUAUUAGCUAAUACUCAUGGUUUCAGUAGAGAACAGGUUGUAGAGCUCAGGUAGUUUUGUCAUUUCCCAGGUGGACUCUUGAUUCUGAUGAGUUAUUAGACGAUUUUUCCUGAAGCUUAGUGUCUCAGUUCAACCCCACAAUAAUAAACGUAAGUGUGCUGUUGGGCUAUAUUUAGAAUACUUUUCCUUUUUAAAAAGGUGGAUAUUCUACCAUUUUUAUUUUUAUAUAAGAGAACCUCUGUUUGAUACAAGCUCAAUAUAUUGUAAGUGUAGUUCAUAUGUUCAUGCUAUGUUCAGAUGGUCUUUUUAAAAAAAUAAAGCUCCAAGUUUAAAACUCUGUUACAAUGAAUUUUAAAAAGACUUUAUCCACCCAUCCUUGGCAUGUGAAUGAAGCUGAUGGAGAAAUGAUGUCCACUGCUAUUUUGCUGUUCUCUGAGGAUUCUGAACUACAGUUCCUAGAUGGGUUGACUGAUUUUCAGUACUAAAAGGUUAUAGAACAGAAUCUUCUCUCCUGGAAUUUUACUAGCCUUUGGACAGACUAAAAUAUGCAACUUGGUUCAACUUGCACUUCACUUCCUUUUUAGUUCUUUUUUGUCCCACUUUCGUUGCAUAUGCCCAGUUUCAUUGCUGAAAUUACUUACCCAAUUAUUUUUUAACCAACCAUUGAAUAGUUACUAAUUCUAGUUUACCAUCAGACUGAACUAGAGUAAUAUCAAAUUGCAAACUGUUACUGUUGUGUAAGGAGUGGCUGAUAUGUGUGGCCUGACCAGUCAUGAUAAAGGUUUAGCAUGGCCUUAGGCAUUAAACAGUUUGCCCACAUUAUCUUUGUUAGCCAGAUAUUUUCAGGCUCCCAUCUUCAAACAGAACGACUGGAAGGAAAAUAUAUUUGUUCGGGUUAAUAGUAAUAUAGGUUCAACAGCAAGCACAAGAGCCAGAAGUCAUUAUUUUGUGGUACAUAAGAACUUACUUGGCGUGAGUCUUCCUGUUUGGUGCCUAUCACUGAAAAGUACAUACCUUGUUGACAUUGCCCUCCAUAACCUAAAUGUAAUUGCAGUAAUUGAAAUUAUUACUGCCUUUUUUAAAAGGCAGAUUAUAAACGAUUGCAUAAUAUCUUAUGAAUAUUAUUUGUACUUGAUAAUAAUAUUUUCUUAACACGUAUUAAAGAAAACACUCUUUCUGAUCCAUAGGCUAGACAAUAAAGUCUAUUCUCCAAAGCCAUAGAUUGAACUUAUUUAUUUUUUUAUUUAUUUCUCACCACCUUUGUACUAAUUUGACCUGCAGUAGUCCAUUGUGAGCCUGUCUUUGAGAGAUGUGUACAGGUACAGGUCUUAACAUUACCACUCCUGCGUGGGGUACUGGUUACACAAAUCGGCUGUAUUUGCAUGCAAAGCUGAAACAUGGUUUAGUGCUGUGUAGACAAGCCUAAGCAAAGAGUCCCAGUUAUUCCCCUCUCCAAACUUCUCACAUGGACUGGAGAAACAGCUAAAUUUCAUUUUUUGUGAAUCUUGCCUUAUAAUUUAUGUUUGAAGUAGGGUUCUUCCCUAAAACAAAUUUCAGUUAGUUUAACAAGUCAGUUUCAUAACAUACAUUAUAAAAUUAACCAGUUUGCUUUAAACCAUUACCCCUGGUUUAAACAUAAUGGUAAGUCCUGAUUUUUCUUUAAAGUGAAACUAAAUUCUGUCAAAGGCCUCAGCCAUAGGGGUACAUGUGAAAGCUAAAUGUUUUGGUCCACUUUGUUAAAGCUCAGCUGUGCCGUCUACUUUGCUUCUAGUGUUUUGUGCAAAUGAGGGCCAAAUGGAAAGGCCUGGUCAGUUGUCCACCCUUGUAGAAGAAAUUCAGUUUAUGUGAAAUCUAAAACAGUUGUAUGGGUUGCCUCCUCAUAAUUUAUUAUACCUCUGUUAUGAUACUGUAAUUGUAGGUAUAUAUUGUUUGCUGCCUGAGGCACCUGUGGGUGGGAUAAAAAUAAAUAGGGAUCUCAGCCUGCAGAAAAAAAUCACAUAUGCUUCAGUGAAAAUGCCAUUAAUUCAGAGUUUUGUGAAUUUUCCCUAUUUAAGAUCUCAAAUUACAAACAUAUUAAUUGUACCCAUUCCUUAUUGUUGUCACACUUGUAGCUAGGAGCAACUACAUUUGUGGUUUUGAAUAGAGGUCUUACAAAAUUGUUACCAAAUCAUCUUUUAGGGGGAAGUUGAACAAAUAGCGAUGAUGAAACCAAAAGGGCAGAAUUUACAUGAUGAAGGCAUGCUUGAAUAUUUAGAAGACAUAAUAGGAUCAGAACGAUUAAAAGAGCCCAUUCAAAUAUUAUGUCGAAAAGUUGAAAUAUUAAAUGAACAGAGGGGUGAGAAGGUAAGACUUUGGAUUACUAAUUGUUGUUUUUAAAGUAUAGAAUAAAAUAAGUAUUGUGUGGAGUACUGCUCUUCAGGAUUCCAUCCAUUCCAUUUUAUUCCCCUCUUCAGCUCUUACUCACCAGCAUUCAGUAUUCUGUGGCCACUGACUGUGUCCUAGAGUCUGUGCUGGCAGAGCACUGUCAGUUUUUUCUUGGGACUUACCUAUCUAUUCCCUGUUUUCUCCCCCUCCCCUUUGGGGUAUUGAGUCAGAAAGGGCCGCACAAAUGACGUCUCAAUGUGAACCCAAGAAGUAGCCAAUUGAGACAAUGACAUGGUUCUUUCUAUGUAUUUUUUUUUAUAUAUCUAGAUGUGUCUUCCCAGAUACUCCACUUCACUCCUCCUUACCUCUAGUUUCCCGUUUGUGCAUUUUAAAGUUGGAUUUCUAGGGCCACUGAGCAUGUUCGAUUGUCAUGGGGCUUUUGGGAGAGGUGGGUUUUUACUCUAAAGAUAUUGUAUACUUUUGGAAACCUUGUUAAGGUUCCUCUCAAAUCUCCUAACACCCACCCUCUUGUAUGUGGUUGGUACUGCUUCCACUAUGUAAGCAAUAAUGCCUUCUCUGAGGAUUUGAAUUAAUAUAUAUAGGAUAGUAUUUAGCAUUAUCUUUUUGAUAAGCCUUUGCAAGUUUCAGGAUUACAUUUUGCAUAUACUGUGGGAGGGAGGGAACUGAUAUUUCCUGGACCAGAGUGAGCUGGGUGAUUGCAGUAGAAAAACACAAUUCCUGUCAUUCUACUGGUUUGUGCCCAUAGUGUGUUACGUGCUGUAAAGCUCUCGUCUUUCCUGUUUCAUAUAAAGUGUUUUUAUGGUGUGCAUAUCCGAGCAUUAAACCAACCAUUAUUUAUGAAAUAUUCUGUCUAGUUGAACAGAGUUAAAAUGGUGGAAAAAGAGAAAGAUGCCUUGGAAGGAGAACGGAACAAAGCACUUGAAUUUCUUUCUCUGGAAAACAAAAUGUUCAGAGAAAAGAAUAAGAUUUGUCAGUACUACAUGUAAGUAGCAUCAUUUGAUAUGAUUUAAUGUGUGUUCUUUACACCCUCAAAUUAGAUCAGAGGGAAGUGGAAGAUUUGGGCUAGUUGUGCUGCUGUUUCUCCACAGCAGGGGUAGUCAACCUUUUUAUACCUACCGCCCACUAAUGCAUCUUUCUUGAUGGUAAAAUUUCCUUACCGCCCACCAGUUCUCAAUGGAGGAUUCGGCUUGUGCCAUAGAACCCCCUACCACCCACCUAGAAUCCUGAAACACCCACUAGUGGGCGGUAGGGACCAGGUUGACAACCCCUGCUCUACAUCAUAGUAAAUACAAUGUGUUGGCUCUAAAGGUAGUUGCAUUUAGUCCCCACUGAAAUAAGUGGAACAUAACUGUACUUAACUUAGUCUUGAUUUAACACAUUGCUUUUAGAUUCAAGUGGUAUGCUGCUACUCUUAAAUACAUUUUAUUUGAGGGGAAUAGUAUGGCAUAGACAUCCCAAAGUGAUUUAUUUACUGGGGACAUGAAAGAUUUAAAAUGUAUGUUGCCAGGUCAUCUCUUCAGCGAAUUAAUUUAGAAGGAUUGGUGGUAGUUGCUACUUUGGAGAACUGGGGUGAGACUCUUAUUAUUUAGUUAAAAUGUAUAUUUGAAUACAUUGAGCAGUGAGAACCUGUGCAUGACAACAAGUGUUGUGGCACUGCUAAUGCCAGAGCAGCUGAAGCACAAACAAGUUGGGUGGAAUACUGACUUUGCUCCAUCUUCCUCUUAAAUACCUAUUCUACCACCUUGGUACACUUUGGCUAGCACUUGGGUGUGAUGGGUCUUCAUUCAAGGCUCUGUCUAGGUCUCACAAGUUCUAUCAUUUAGUCUGGAAUUUCUUUGUAUAAAACUCUGGCACUACAUGGGAGCUUUCCACAGUAUGAGUAGUGACUGUAUUGUGGGCUGCUAGUGGUGUAAAAUACUCUUAAAAAGAGUAUUCACCUUGACUAACUUCCGUUGCUCUAAAUUUUGGGGAAAUAAAUCCUCCUCCUUAAUAUUGCUAUUUUUUUGUUUUUGUUUUUAAAUGAUAUUUAUUGAAAAAUUUUUAGAAUUACAAAAGAGAACAAAGCAGAAAAAGAGAAAGAAAAAACAAACCACAUCAAACAAUACAAAUUCAAAAAACAAAAAUACACCACAAACACUCAAAAACAAAUCCAUCAUUCUCAAAUCCUCAACUGUCAUUACCUUCUUUCUUUGACCUCCUCCUCCUCCCUUUUUGUGUAUCCUAGUUGUUAAUUGUCGCAGCAAAUCCUUUCCAUAUUUCAUAAUAUUCUGUCAUUACAUUACCUUAAUCUAUUUUAAUCUUAUCUUACUAUAAAGAACCUUAAAGCUUAAAACUUAAAUCUUAUUUUUACCAACUUCUCAUAACCAUAAUAUUCUUACAUAAUUCUUUAAACAUUUUUGCUAAAGCCAAGUAAUUUCGUUCCAACAUUUUUCUAACAUUCAUCAAUUUUAUAAAACAAUCCUAGUAGUAAAAAAAAGAAAUAAAAACAAUCCAAUCUUCAUCCAGCGUCCCUUCCUCCUGGUCCCGGGUUUUGUCAGUCCUUAUUAUCCCGUCGAUCUAGCGCAGUAACCUUGUAUCCGAGGCCCUUAAGUCCCUUCCAUGUCCCGUCCGCGGCUCUUCUUCAUAUUUAUAGCUGUAUUUUCCUUUGUCUCCUGCUCCUUUCACUCGUGGGAACUCCAGCUUAACAAUGUUUUUGACCCUUCUCGACAAAUCAGCCCCUUUUCCAUAGUCCACACUAAACUCCAUGUGGUAUUUAAGAACAUGUUUCAAAAUCCCUCCAAAAUUAAGAGCCCCCACAACCCCAAACAUCUCAUGGCCCAUUGCCAGACUUGAAAAGUCCAAACAUCCCUGCAUAGGGGGGUCUAUCCAACCCCCCAUUUCCAAACCAAACCAGACUUUAUCUUUCCAAAUCUGGCUUUUUCCAAGUUCAUUUGUCAAAUCCAAAAGCUCAUGUUCCUGCUGGGCCACAUCUCCCUCCAUCUCUGGCGCCCAAGAUUCAGCAACAUCCUCUUCCCUCAUCUGUUCUGUCAGGGCACACUCCUGAUUUAAUUCCUGGGUGGGCUCCAUAUAAUUUCCCACUGCCUGUUCAAAAUUUCUGAUCGCAUCAGUCAUCAAGUCCAUCUUCUCAUGUAGCUGUUCCAGUAGGGCAUUUGUUUUACAGAAAGCACACAACAGAGCUUCUGAAUACAUUGUCCUGCAAGAUCAGAAGUCUAUUCCCACGAUUGUAAUCUGUAACAGCUGCAAGCUCCCCGGAGUUGGUUACAGUUUCACAGUCUCCCUCUCGGGGGAAAACUUCUAUUUAUUCUUUCUUUUAAAGACAAGUCUAACAACAAAGUUUCCUUUUUCAGAUAUUUUGUCAAUAUUUGUUCCUUUAAAAUGCGAAGGGGAACAAUGGAAUCAAUGCUUCUCUUCUUAUAGCUAUCUGUCAGAAACGUUUGUCUCUGGUCAAUGAGCUUCAAAAAACGUCAGUCCUGACACCCCGCUCCAGGAUCAGGACGGUGGAAAGUUACUUUACUUUACACUCACUUCUGCAGGUUUAAACAGUCCGAAAAAAUCCCCCCUCUUCUCCUGCUUCCGAAGGGGGUUCCACAAUUUUAAAUGAUGAAAGUUAAUCUUUUGCAAGCGAUUUUCUGAGCUCUAGUUUGCGAUGUCUUUGCUUUAAUCUAUCUACAAAGAAACGGAAGGCUGACUUCCUGUUUAGCCCUUCCCGUUUCAGUGCCAAAUUGAGGUAAACUUUUAAGUCCAAUUUUCCUUUCUGCUCGCAAGUCCUUAUUUAAAGUCCAAUUGUCCGAAAUUUAAGUACUCACGGGUGAUUAUUUUAGAAGCCAAAUUGUCCCAGGAAAAAGGCAGCGCUCUCCGGCAAUGGCUGUGCGGCUUCGCUCCACGGAAGAAGCAGUUGACUCUCAGCACCGCACCACUUCCCCCUCUUCGCUUCGGAGCCCUUUAGUGGGUUCCUUUGCGGGUUGGGGGGGGCGCUAAAGGUGCCCACCAAGUCCCAUGGUCACAGGCUUCAUCCGCCUAUGAUUUUUAAAAGGGUCCCCGCUUCGCUGUAGCGGAAAAGACCCAUUUCGCGUGGAGCUAGUCCCUCCAGAUCAGAGGGAGUCCGCCAUUGCCGAUGGCACCACCCCGGAAGUCCUAAUAUUGCUAAUUUUUUGGUUGAUAAAUGCGAAUAGGUGAUACAGUGCUUGCAUAGCAAACUUUUUGCUGUCAUGAGUCCUGUGAAUGUCCUGGAGUGUUUGGUCAGUUCCAGAGGAGGAGAGGAAGGAGAUUGGAGAGUUAAAACUAGAGGGCUCUGGGGAGGGUCCUAGCAGAAUGAUGGAGGUGGAAUUAGGACCCCAAGAAAUGUCUGAUCCCGGGGAGGUAUUCUUCAGCUUGUGUGGUGGAGAUCUGGAUCAGGGGAAUGACCAAGUGAGUUGUUGGAAGAGUGGCCCACCCCAACUACAUCAACACCCUCUGCUCUGCCAGCACAAACAAAUUGUGGAGAGCCAACCCACUCAGGUGCAGAGGGAGUGUCACUUGUUGGAUCAGUGUCUUAGCUCAUGCUUCACCAUGUAGUUAACUUCUCAUGUACUAGCUGAUUUCUGUACCCUGUAACUUUCCUUACCUAUGAUUUGAUUUAAAAAUUGAAGCCUUUGGCAGAAGUGGAGUUGUGAGUUGAAGUUCUUCAUCCAACAUGGAGGGCCAAGAGAAGAAAAUCUGCCUUGGAAGGGAUUUUCAAUGGGUGAAGAGGACAAAGAAGUUGCUUUGUGUGCUGGCACAACGUUGGAUCUCUCCCAAAUAUUUUAGUAUCUUUAUUACGAUGAGAACAAUUGUCUGCAUUAUCAGAUGUGUGAAACCUAUCUUUUUCUUUUUUAAAGUUAUGAGUUGCAGAAGCAGAUAACUGGACUGGAGACCCAGAAAGAAGAAAUACAUGAAGAUACUAAAGAAGUUAAUGAGAAAAGCAGUAAACUGUCAGAUGAAAAGAAAGAUAAGAAUAAAGCUCUGAAAGAAAUUGAAAAGUAAACAUUAAUAAUUCUAUUACUUUGCAGGCGUUAACAAUAUUUGAAAUUUGCAUUCAUGUUGCUGUUUUGGUGCAUUUUGUGCAAUGAGCAUGACACUUUGCUUCCUUUGUUGUUGUCAUCCAUCUGUCUCAGGAGACAGUGGAGUGUACCUCCAGGAGUGAAGUCAGACCACUGAGGUGACCUCCCCAGAAGGAGCACAAUGUGUCCACCAGAGAUACUACCCCUCCCCUAACACCCCAUAUAUAUAUAUAUAUACUUUGUAAAAGGUUUUUUUUUAAAAAAACUAGCUUAGUAUGAUCAUACAGUCUUUAACUGAUUGAAAAGGUAAUUGGUAUGUUUCCUCUUUUUCUAGAAAACUGAAUAAAAUCACAUCAUUCAUAGAAGAAAAUAAAAAUACAUUUAAGCAGCUCGAUUUGGAGGAUGUUCAAGUAAGGGAAAAACUAAAACAUGCAAAAAGCAAGUCAAAAAAACUAGAGAAGCAGCUUCAGAAGGAUAAAGAAAAGGUACGCCUGUAAACUUCAUUCUGAUAAGUUUAGUCAAAAUACUAUUGAAAAUUGACUUCAAAAGGUCAGUGUUUGCUUCAUUAUGCUAUCUAUCUGAAAGCGUUUUCUCAAUGUGCUAUUAAAAAUUUAAGAAUAAAUUCUGGAGCCCAAGCCUAAAAUAUUUUAUACUCUGAAGUAAGACUUUUAUAUUUCAGUGGGAUGCUUCCUAGUAGAAGAGGCCCGGUGGAGUGCAGCAGCAGCAACCUUUCUGCAGUGGAAUUACUGCUGCUUACUGGGAGAGGUGCAGCAGGGAGAUUGGGGGUGCACAAAGCACACUGGUGGGAGUGCUGGAUUGACUCCACCAGUUCAUUCACACAGCUCCAACAGCAACUGCACUGCCAAGUGAGGUAGCACAGUGCCAAGUGAGGUAGUGAGGCAGCCGCUUUCCCUCGUGUCCUCCAGCCAGCCCCAGAGCAUGAACUCUAUACUUUGGUCUGGAUUGGAGAGAGAAUUGGGAUAGGGGGAGCUGGAGAGCAGUGGAAAAUAGGCAUUGAGAGAGUGUUCCCCACUUUACACAAUUUCACUUAUGGGCACAGGGCCCUGGAAUGUAACCCUUGUGUAAGUGGAGGGAUUCCUGUAUAAUCUCUUGUGCAAUAAAAUCAUUUUUAACUUUAUUUAUUGAAAAGUUUAUAUCUGCCUUGCUUGUAUAUAACACCCAAAACAGAUUAAACAUGAAACCCUUUUAACAACCAUUAUCGUAGAACAAAAAGUUGAAAGACAGGUGCAUAUUACCAAUCCAAAAAUGACACACCUUGUCAUCUAGCCAACUAUAAUGUCUGCCUAACCAAUAAGGUCUGAAGGCAAAAACAAAAUAAAACAACACACUAAAGUGGAGGGGGGGAGAGGAAGAACAGCCAGGUGGAUCUCCUAGGAUGAGGAAUUCCACAAUCUGGGUUGCCUCUAUAAGGAAGCCACUUUCCCACAUUCUUUGCCUCAUGGCAGGGUGAUACUGGCCAGUUAUUCCAGAAUGGCUGUGCCAACCCAAUGCAGUUUUCUUCAUAUGGGGUCAGUGUGCCCCCACAUUUUUGAACCACAGAAGCUUAUGAUGAUUGCUGCCUCUGUAGCCUGUACUUUUCUACUUAGACAGGCAUAUUUAGCAAUAGACAUGGGCUACCACAUAAGUGCAGGUGCUUUGCAAAAGGUUAUACAAUUCUGGCAGCUCUCUUGUUGGUAUCUGACUAAUGUGUUCUGCCAGCACAAGGAUUUUUGCAAGUGUAACGGAACUUUCCUUCCCUGCCCCCUUAAAUCUGUUCUAGGGGUUCCACCAAGCCUCCAGAGCAGAUUUGGGGGAUGGUGAAGGGUGUGUGCAGGAAGGGGGGUGGAGAUCUUUCACACAAGCAGAAAUUAUUGUGCAGAUGGAAUGUGUUAGUUGGAUAACUCCCAAAGUAGCUGAAAUUGGUCUCUAGUGAACCAGUUAUUGGUAAGUGAUCUUUUCCUGAGUAAGAAAGGAAAUGAAUUCGUCAUGAGCAAAUGUGUCAAGGAAAAAAUUGCAAAAGAGGCUAUAGUGUGUAUCUUAUUGCCUGAAUCUUCCUGAAAAAUAAUAGGAUACUUUUCAUGUUACACCUUCAUGUUGUUAUUGUCAAUCUAAAUUUAUAAAGUGUAACAAAGAUAUUUAAUUGGUGCUACUACAAGGUGCUACGUAAUACCUAUUCUGCGUUUGUAAAAAUCCAAUUGUUUAGUGUGGCAGCACCUAUACUUUGAAACUCGCUGCCUAUAGAUAUCAAGCAGACACCUUCACUGUAUUUUUGAUGCCUGAUAAUAACAUAAUUGUUUAGACAAGCCUACCCAGAUACUUAGAAAUGCUGAUACAAAUUUUAAUCUGUUAUACUAUUUUAACUCCUGUAGCUCUUAUCUGUUUUAAUAUGUUGUGAUUUUUUUCCUGAUUUUAUAGUUUUAUCUUUUUGUAAACAGCUUGUGAGUUUUUGUGAUCAAGCAGUGUAUAAAUUUUAUGAAAUAAAUAAAUAUGAAAUAAUUCUUCUAAGCCACCUGUGCUAUGAACAAUUGUGCUUAAUAGAUCUGCCAGUGAAGUGCAGUUUGUUUGGUGAAACUGGUUUCCCUGUUGGAGAGACUGUUCCCCAAACUGAAAAAAAUAACAUUACCUUUUUCAUAGGUUGAAGACUUGAGAAGUGUUCCUGCCCGUAGUGAAUCUGCUAUUGGUGAAGCAACAGCUAAGAGAGAGGUUCUAGAAAAAGAAAAGAAAAGGGUAGAGGAAAAACUAAAAGAAGUUAUGGACAGUCUUAAGCAGGAAACUCAAGGAUUGCAGAAUGAAAAAGAGGUUUGUACACUUGAUGCAUUCAGCUAUCUCCCCUGGAGUCUAGAAGCAAAUCAGCAUAAUUAACCAAGUAAUAGGCUCUCUUUAUCUCUUCUCGGUCAGAACAGAAGUUAAAGUAUAUUGCAGAAUAAACUAAGCAGCCAGCCGAGUAGCAAUUACUUCCCUGCAAGCAGCUGACACCUGCUUACACUUGUGGCAUUGCCAUUGCACUGUACUAAACAUCCUGGAAAUACAUAUGAGCAUUAUUACUGUCUUAUAGCAUUUCCCCUUUUGAAGGCCAGUGUUUCUUACUAAGGACAUUCAUUGGCUGCACUAUGCUAAGUGGAUUCAACACUGCUUUUAUCUCUUGCUUAACUAAUACGGAGCUAUGAAGCAUGCAUGCAUGCAUGCAUAUGAGGUUGAUUUUCGCUUUCCUGUAUUAACACCAGAAUACAGAGGAAAAUGGCAGUUGACAUAAUCUGGCUGGCUGUCUGGUUGGUUUUUCAGAUAACCAGAUCUGCUUGUAUGUCUUUGUGCAUAAUGCUAUUUUUAUUCUCCAGUAAGGGAAAUGUAGUGCUUGUUAGCAAAAGGAAGAGCGGUAUUGAUUAUGGGUGAGCAAAGCAAGGGCUGCAUGACCAUUUAUUUGAAUGGCUGGAUUAAAUCCCUUGCUACAUAUCUAUAAACUGAAACUAUCUGAGUUAAUCUGUGUCGUUCAUGCAGUGUAUUUUAUAUUUUGCAUUUUUGUCAAAGUGGUUUACAGUUUAAAAUAAUGCCUUCCAAUCUAGACCAGGUGCAAAAGGGAUGAAACAAUAAGGUGUGAGUGAAAAAGAAAGCAAAUUCUGAUAUAGACUUUCAGACUGUUAUCCAAAAUGCUCAUUGGAGAGAUGGUUUUGGGAUGAAAGGAGCCAAACAGUCCCAGCUAAACCAAUGGAGAGGGCUUCUUACAGUAUUUUUCGCUCCAUAGGGCGCACUGGACCAUGGGGUGCACCUAGUUUUUAGGGGGGGAUAAAGAAAAAAAAUUAUUCCCCCCCCAAAAAAAAGAGCAAAGAAGCCAAGACAGCUGUCUUGGAUUCCUCUUUAGCCACGCGCAACCUCUCCAGCUGGGAGAAGCUGCCCGCGGCUUUUUUUUUAGCUGUGGGGCUGGGAAGGGGGAAGCCGGAGCAACCUCGCCGCUGCUCCUGGGGCCUUUAGCCGUGGGGCUGGGACGGGGGAAGCCGGAGCUUCCCCAGCCCCCAGAACAGGCUGCUAUCCACAAGCCUUCGGAGCCCGGCGGGAACGCCUGACUCAGAAGGCUUGCGGAGAACUCAGAAGGCUUGCGGAGAACAGGCAGCUAUCCGCAAGCCUUCGGAGCCUGGCGGGAACCCCCGCCGGGCUCAGAAGGCUUGCGGAUAGCUGCCUGAAGCCUGGAGAGUGAGAGGGGUUGGUGCGCACCGACCCCUCUCGCUCUCCAGGCUUCAGCGAAAGCCUGCAUUCGCUCCAUAGGACGCACACACAUUUCCCCUUCAUUUUUGGAGGGGAAAAGGUGCAUCCUAUAGAGCGAAAAAUACGGUAAAUAUUUGAAAAUAUUGUGGUUAUUUACAAAGGCAGAACUAAAAACAGCAUGUAAAGUUAAAAGACAGCAUUGAAUCCAUCUGCAAAACCAAUAGGAAAAUACAUUUUACACACACCAAUGACUUCAAGAUUUACCAAGGUGGAAGGACUGCUGAUAGAGGUAGUUCUAGAUGGGGAGGAUACAAUCAGCAUUUCACUGAAGCUGAUUUUUUGGGGGGUCGCUGGCUUAUCUCUACUUUUCAGGAGUGGCAUUGCAGCUGAGAAAAACUAUUCUGGGAGAAUUGCCAGAAUCUGUGCAUUACCACUUGAAUUGUGAGCAAAGGUUUUGGUUUUUUUAAUAUGACCUUUACAAAUUUCAUUUUCAUAGGACAAAGAAAAAGAACUCAUGGAAUUCAGCAAAACGGUUAAUGAAGCACGUUCAAAUUUGGAGGUGGCACAGUCAGAACUUGAUCUCUACCUUAGUCACCAUAAUACUGCAGUAUCUCAGUUUAAAGCAGCAGAAGAAGCUCUUCAGACUGCUUCAGGAACACUUAAAGAAAGGUUAGCCACUAUCAAAGAACUGGAGUCAAAACUGCCUCAAGCUGAGCAUGAUCUAAAGAAGGUUAGACGUUACUGAAGAUUUGUUUAUAUUCCUGAAAUGCUUAACCUUCAUACUGCAAUUUAAGUGUUACUACUUUCCCCAGAAAUGUUUGGUGUUAAGACUGUCAGAACUAUUACUAUCAAUAGUAUUAAAACCUGUAAAGACACCCCGCAUAGUUCCUCUAAAAUUACUUUCUUAGAUGGCGCCUCCCCCCACCCCUCCCGCUUCUGCUGUUGCUACUCUAGGAAGGAAACAAGCCAGAGGGUAGUUUUGCAUUCUGUGCAAACCAGCACACAUGGUUUGUUGGGGGAAAACAAACUACAAGUACUGUUUCACACGUAACAUGAAGCCAGCUUCUGGCUUAUUCCCCCACUCCAAUGCAGUAACAACACAAGUGAAGGAAUUGGGGACUGUUGAGCAGCAUGCAUCAGUACACUGCUCGUUAACAUUAAACUAGUUAGAUAGAGUGGAGUCAAGGACACUCAUUGAAUAGGAUAACUUCUCCCACUAGGCUGGAUAGGCAGUUCAUAGGUUCCAUCUUGAGGGCCUGCACCCAAGUUAUAAUUCACUCAUCUUCUCCAUUUAGUUCUGUCCCUUAAGAUAUGGCCCCAAUUAAAUGCCUUUUACAUGGGCAUUAAUCCUAGCGUCUGAGUAGGGUUUUGAUGGUCAUCUCUCAGUGCAAUUUCUACAGUGGGUGUUAAUACGUUGGGAUGUCACCAGUUUUUUCUUUAAAUAAAACAUUUUUGUAAAUAAUCUCUUUGAGAACCUGAAAGGUGCUAUUCAGUUUCUUCAUCUAACUACAAAAUCCUUGUAUGCUGUUGACACAUCCUUUGUAUCCACUUCCCAAGGUGGUAUGUGAUGCUAACAGAAAGAUACGGAAGUGGAAAAGAGUUGCUAUUGAACUGUUAAAAUAUUCAUACAUGCCAAAAACGUGGAAGCAGAUACUGAGUGUGAAAAAGUUUUAUUUAAUGAUAUAUUUCAUGAUCUGGCUGAAUAAGGGAACUUCUGCACCAGGACAUCUAGAAGUGAUAAUUAUGGUGUCCCUUAAAACUGUUAACCAUAUUCAGAAUUAUUUGUGAGUCAGUGAGCAGUAGAUUCAGGGAUUUACAAUAAUUGGCUGGUUCCGGUGGCCAAACGAAGAGUUGCCAGCCCACCGUUCUCAAGCAAGUUUCUGCCUGCCCCUUCCAGGGAUAUGUUGCUGGAUGGGUGUUGUCACCUGAGCACAUUCAGGCAAUGACAUUAAAUUUCCACCAUUUUUCUUGCUUCAGUUUGCCAGUUUAUUCCUGUGAGGAAAAUGCUAUCCAAGCACUUUGGUCCCACAGCUGCGAAACAACUCAAAGUCUAGUAGUGGGCCGGGGGAACGGCUAAGUCGAUCUUCCUUGCAGCUUCAAAGAUAGGGAGAAGACUGGCUGCUCCUCAUGUUUGCCAAAGAGCAGUUUCUAAUUGAACUUGCCUUCUAUGGCAGCUUGUCUGUGACUGAAAAUUUGUGGUGGCAUCUCCUAGACAUUAAAAGUUCAAAUGCGCCUGUUAACCCAGAAAGUCUGGGAACCCCAGCCUAGUUCCUCUAUAGUGGAGUUUGUUACUAGAGGAAUACCAUUUCUUUAGAAAAUCUCAAUUCUGUAAUGAACUACUUCUGGAAUUUUCAAAAACAAAAUAAUUUAAUGCCUUUUUUGUUUAAGAAAGAGAAUGAUCUUAAUAAACUUGUAAAAGAUGAAGCAAACAUCAAGAAUUAUGUUCAAGAUCUGCGUCAGAAAGUAGAAGAAGCAAGAAGCUCAUUGUCAAUAAAUAAAAGUCGAGGAAGAGUUCUUGAAGUUUUACUUCAACAGAUGAAGUCUGGGAAAAUCCCUGGAAUUUAUGGAAGACUAGUAAGUUCUUAUUUUUCUUGCCAUUUCUGUAUUGUUCUUUUUCCCAUUGCCAGUGAAAGGUUGUAAGAUUGGGUAAUGUCUCCGCUUUGUGGUUGAAGGUAGGAAUAGAACUAGAGGGAAGUAGGCAGCUCCCAUAAUUUAGUUUGCAUUCUGCCUUGUUUGAAGUAGUCACAUCAUUCUCAAGCUCCCAUUCUUCUAAGGCCAGCUUUAGUUGUGCGUUUUAUUGUAUUUCUCAUUCACCUGUUGCAGCAUAUGCGUUGUUCACAGACAUCCCCUCUUCCCUUUGGUACAGCUUAGCUAUUUGUCUCCUUCAGGUGUUUUAUUGCAUGGUGUUCUUCUAAUGGAAUUGUAUGGUGUUCUAAUGGGAUCAAUUUCUGGAUAGCAAAAGUUAAGGACAUUCUCUUCCUUCAGGAAGAUCUUUGUAAACACUCUCAAAAGACACAUAACGUAGCAACUAUAUCUUCUAUCCCUUUUUAGUUGGCCUCAUCUACAAUUUCAUAUCUGUCGCUGAAACAUUUCCUUCAUAGAGCUAUGCUGAAAUGCAGAGCUGUACAGUGGUACCUUGGUUCUCAAAUGCUGAAAACCUGGAAGUGUUUUCAAACGUUUUUUGGAAGCCGAACAUCAGAUGUGGCUGUCGGCUAUUGUUUCCGGGGCGCCUGAAACAAUCAGAAGCUGCGCCUUGGUUUUUGAACAUUUCAGAAGUCAAAUGGACUUCAGCUUUCAUGCCCAGUCCUAUCAAGGUUCCAUAGACAACAAUAAUUGGUUGUCGCAACCAGCUGUCCAGAUCCUUGCCACCCUUUGGAGCAGGCCUAGAACUUUAGCUGCCUGAAGGGCCAUGAAGGUUUACAUAAAUAGGACUGACGUUUUCUGGCAGUUUGUCAUUCCACUCAGCUUCUCUUAGAUCUAUAGUUAGGGAAGUAGGUGUUUUUUCUCUUAAAUCACCUUAUAUAUUAAUAAUGUAUGGCCUGUUUGAGCUUGGUGAAUACGCAGACUUAAUUAUGGGAGGUACCUGCUUUCCCCCAAGAUCUGUUUCUGCUUUGGGCUACAAGGUUUACCCAACCUGAUCUUGCACUGGCAAUGUUAAGCUAACCUUCAGAUAGAUACACAGUGGUACAGUGGUGCCCUGCAAGACGAAUGCCUCGCAAGACGAAAAACUCGCUAGACGAAAGGGUUUUACGUUUUUUGAGACGUUCCGCAAGACGAAUUUCCCUAUGGGCUUGCUUCGCAAGACGAAAUGUCUUGCGAGUUCUGCAGUUUGCUUCCUUUUUCUUAAAGCCGCUAAGCCGUUAAUAGCCGCUAAUAGCCGUGCUUCGCAAGACGAAAAAACCGCAAGACGAAGAGACUCGCGGAACGGAUUAAUUUCGUCUUGCGAGGCACCACUGUACUUCUUCUCUUCCUUUAUCUGAGUAAGCUAACUUUGUUAGUGAAAAUAUUUAGCAGGGGAAGUUGUCGUACUUGGUAAACCCAAGACGCUGAGGCAGCUUUUGAGAAGACUGCAUGCACAAUCAUCUCCCCAAGACAAAAGUUGAUUUCCAAAUUAAAGAAAAGGUUACUCAGCCUCCCCGAGUCUUCAAGGAAACAUGCAAAAAUACUGGGCAGCAGCAUUUGUCUGGCAUCUCUGAAUGUAACCAAGCUACCUUUUUUUCUGUAUUCACCUACAUUACAGUAUUGGCCCGAAUAUAAGCCACACCUGCAAAUAAGCUGCACCUUUAAAAUGUUAGAGGGUUUUUUUCCUCUAGUGGCAGAUGACAGAAACUAUGACACCAUGAGACCGGUGUAAAACCAAACAAAUAAAGGUUUUAUUACAAAACAACAAAGCUUGUGGGUCUUUUUCCUUGCAGGCAAAGUUCAAACUGCAACUUUUCCUCCUUUGGUAGUCAUGACCAGCUGUACCCAAGCUGCCCAAAGCUCACAGAAACAGUUCUUAAAGGUACAAACAUCUUUACUGUUUCUUUGCAGAAUGACUUCCAACAUAAAAUUCAUGGGGAGGAGAGAGGAAAAAAAGACAAUACCUGACUACGGGUACCAUUCCCUCACACUCCUGGGCUGCUUCCUGGGGGGCAGCCGCGCCACUUUGCCGGCGGCCUUCCCCCCGAACAGUUCGGAGGAUGCUUAGGAGCGGCGGGAGGGCUGAGCGCUAUUGCCCCAUGCUCUCUGGGUGGGGGUGGGGAGAGCUGUGCCGCUUUGCCAGUGGUGUAAGGUCGCCAAUAUAAGCUGCACAUUUUUUCUCCAAAUUCCAAUCAUGAAAAGUUAAAGUGUGGCUUAUAUUCAGGCCAAUUUAGUAAUAUUUCACUGUCUCUUCUCCAGUCUGGAAGCUGAUUGCCAAAGUGCCCUGUGAACCUAUCAUGCAUUCUGCCCAGGUGUAGCUACUUUAAGAAGAGAUUAGCCAGAACAGUAUGCAAAUUUGAGCAACUGCCUUUUGAGAUACUACCCCAUCGCAUUUGUUCUGAGUCAUCAUUUCUUAGUUAACAUCUUUUCCUCCAUAGCUUUCAGGAGAGAGUUCUGCUUAAAUUCUACCCUAAAUCAUGGGAGCAGUGUGAAAGGACAUUAAAACGACAACGUGAGAAGUUCUUUUAUGUUAAGGGAUGAGAUCCAUUAAAACCAAUGAGACUUACAUGCAAUUAUGCUUAGGACUGGAUGUCUGGUACUCAUAUUACUAACCUAAGUGCUUUCUUUUCUUGCUACUAGGGAGACUUGGGAGCCAUAGAUGAGAAGUAUGAUGUUGCAAUUUCAUCAUCGUGUGGAGCGUUAGAUCACAUUGUAGUCGACACCAUGGAUACCGCUCAAGAAUGUGUUAAAUUUUUGAAGAAGGAAAACAUUGGAGUGGCAACAUUUAUAGGGCUUGACAAGGUUUGUAAUAACUUUUUUUAAAUAGAGAACUUUUUAAGUUGAAAAAGUCGAAGUUGCAUAUAGAUUUGUUUUUACAUUACUAUGUUCAGCUGGUUUUUACAGUGUCAUUUUUUAGAUUUUAAAAUGGCUUUUAAUAGUAAAACUGUUUUAUAUAUGAUGGGUACAAAUCCUGUAAGGUAUAUUUGUAUAAAUAGUAUCUUAUUACAGCCUGUUAAAAUAGUCUUACUAGUGACAGCUCAUGUUUGUAAUAAACAUCACAAAGUCUCAGUUUUUAAUAUAAGAGUAAAUACAUACUAGGAGUUAUAUAUCUGCAUAACAUAGAUUUACAUAAGGGGAAAAUGGUGCUUCAGGUUCAAAUGCGUAUUAGAGAGUAAACCCUAUGGAGUUCAGUGAGCUUUAUUUGAAUAAGCCUGUAUAUGAUUGCACUGUUGUAAUAAAGUAUUUGAAAACAAUUAAAAUAUGAACAAAGAUCUAUGAAAGUAAACUAAAGAGGUAUAUCAAGGACCUGUGCAGUUCUUGAUGGUUAGUUUACUGGUUUUGUGGUGGUUUUAAUCCUUCCAGAUGACAGUAUGGGAGAAAAGCAUGGGAAAAAUCCAGACUCCUGAAAACAUUCCUCGUUUGUUUGAUAUGGUAAAAGUUAAAGAUGAGAAGGUUCGCAGUGCUUUUUAUUUUGCAUUACGUGACACUUUGGUAGCUAAUAACCUGGACCAGGCUACAAGGGUUGCUUUCCAGAAAAACAAGAGAUGGAGAGUUGUAACUUUACAAGGACAAAUCAUAGAACAAUCAGGUAUUUAAAUUUUUUAAAGUUGUGGUUAAAGUUUUAUUUGAAUGGGAAAUAAAGAAUUGCUAAUUUGUUCUUGGUCCUUCCAUAGGUACAAUGACUGGUGGUGGAGGAAAAGUAAUGAAGGGUAGAAUGGGAUCCUCUGUUGUAGUUGAAACAUCAGAAGAUGAGGUUAGUAUGCUUUCUCUAACACCUUCUGGAUUCCUAAUGAGGAGUGGGAAGAAUCUUUUAUUGGUUACCUGCCAAGUGAAAUCAGUGGGACAGAAAAGACCCAUCUAGUGCCAGGGUGGCUGUGGUCAGGGGCACAAUCUGUGGAUAUGAUGGGGAAUGAAGGAACUUUUCAAUCUGGCAGAUCGAACAUCGCUCAUGGAAUGCCCUAUUUUGGCCCCUGCGACCUCUGGGACUGGUGUGCUUGCUUGGUAGCAGAGAUGCACUUCUAUAGUAACACCCCCAGCCAACCUUUAGCAGGGGCUAUGUUGGUUCUGAAAGCUCUGCUUUUCUUAUAUUAAGUCUAGACAUAUAAACACUGAAAUAUAUUUUGAUGAAUUGGGGGCCUUUUUAGUCUGGUAUUGAGAACAGUUGGCUCUCCAGAUGUUGAAACACAACCCUCUCAUCAACCACGUUCAUUCACUAGCUGAGGCUGUUGACAGUUGAAGUCCAAUAACAUCUGGAGGGGCAUAGGUUCCCCAUCCCUGGUUUAUUUGCAUGUUAUAUACAUUCCUUUUUUUACAUUUUAUAACUUGCCCCUAGGUAAAUAAAAUGGAAUCUCAGCUGCAAAAGGAUCUCCAAAAAGCAACACAGUUUCAGGAACAAAAAGUGCAACUUGAAGAAGCAAUAUCAAAAUUGCACCAGAGCAUUAGAGAAAUGAGGAACACGUUAGGAAAGUACAGUGCAAACAUUCAGGUAAUCAUAAGUUCGGCUAAAGAUACCUUACUGCUUUUUCUCUUAGCUCUGGAUACACCAGUCAUGUCUUCUGAUGAAGAUUAUCCUUUAAAUAUACUAUCUUAUAUGAAGGAUUUCAGGUAUUUUAAAACUUGUUCAGAACACAGGCAAUAGGAAAGUGGGCUGUUUAGCUUUGGCUGUUGAUACUUGUUCCUGCAUUGUAUGGAAGAAUGUUAAGAGCAGUUAUUUUGAAAAGAGUGUUUGAGCCAGAGAGAAUGUUAAAAAAAACCCCCACAGAUUUUAGAAAAGGCAGGCCAGACAAACUAGUUUAAGAUAGGGAAGAGAAAUUGUCUCCAAAAAGAAAAGGCAAAAGGCAAGUUGUACACCCUAUUAAAAUGUUCUUAAAAACUUAUAAUGCACCUAAUGUUUUCUGGUAAGCCUGUGGGCAGCAAUUAUCUUGGGGGUCUUUUGCCUAUAUUCUGAGCCAGCACAGGCUCUCAUCUAAGAGUUAUUUGUUAAGGUCUGUCUCCCAAGUCCAAGGUUAGGAUCUUUCUUGGAGUUAGUCCUUCAGUCUCACCCCCCCCCCGAAAUAAUUAUGUUAGUUGGUGUGGGCUGUUUUAGCUAUUUUUAUGUAUGCAAAUGUUUUAUAUAUGUUUUUAUUGUGUUGUAAAUCACUGCUAGAUGCCUCAUAAGGAAUAGUGUCACAAACGAAAUUAAUAGUAAUUAAUAAUUGUGUUCUUUAGAGUUUGUCAGAGCAAGAGGCUCACUUAAAAAUCCAGAUUAAAGAACUUGAAAGAAAUGUGAUUGCUGCAGCUCCAGACAAAAUCAAGCAGAAAGAAAUGGAGAGAAAAUGUCAUUGUUUCAAAGAAGGUAUGUCAACAUUGCAGUAAAAUAUAAUUGAGGGUGAAUCAUAAUUGAUGUGUUUUAGGGGUCACCCACUUUUUUGGCCCAUGGGCACAUUUGUGGGGGGAGGGAACCUGUACACGCAGAUCCAGCUUUUAGUCUGCUCACUAUAUAAAACUUCACUUUUCUGAACCUACCUCUUUGUGCCCCUCACUCUUAUCUGCUAGAAAUCAAAUGAGAGAUUCAAUAAUUUGGAGUCUAUUGUAUUUCUAUUCAGUAAAGCUAUCCUUUCCCGUUAGUCAAUAAGCCUGAUGCUAGUAGUUAUAGAUAAUUUUCCUUGUAAGAAAACUAUUCAAUCUACAAAGCAAAUAAUUUAACAAAUGCUGUUUAGGAAAUUACAAUUGAAGUAAUGCACUAAUUGUAUUAUAGCUAAGUAUACAUUUAUUUUGCACAAUAAUAAACCUUGUAAACAUAUAAACAUUUGAACACGUAGUUUGCUCAUACCAUACUGUUUAUAUAUUUAGCACUAGAAAUAUUAAUCAAGUUUUGGUUCUUUUUUGUCUUUUUUUGUCUUACAGAUUAUGACAAAGUUGCUGUAAAGGCUGGUAAAUUGGAAACAGAAAUAAAGAGAUUGCAUAAUCUCAUAAUUGACAUAAAUAAUAAUAAGCUUAAAGGUCAUCAAGACAAUCUUGAUAAGAUAAACAAGGAAAUAGAUCAAUGUUCUUCUGCUAUUACUAAAGCUCAGGUUGCAAUCAAGACAGCAGAUAGGUAUGGAAAUGAUUUUAUAUCCUUUGGAACCAACAUAAAAAAUAAACAGGACACUCAUUUCAUUAUAGUGUUUAAAGAAAACAAGCAGCAAAAUUAUCAAGUAAUGGAUUUGCAACAUAGUAGCUGAUUCUUUUUAAAAUAAAGGCUUCUAUUCUUAAAAUGUUAAUUUGUGUGCUAAUAGAUUCUGUGCUUGUGUUGUGUGUUAUCAUACACAGUGGUACCUCAGGUUACAGACUCCGCUAACCCAGAAAUAGUACCUCAGGUUAAGAACUUUGCUUCAGGAUGAGAACAGAAAUUGUUCUCUGGCGGCAGCGGGAGGCCCCUAUAGCUAAAGCGGUACCUCAGGUUAAGAACGGACCUCCAGAAUGAAUUAAAUUCUUAAUCUGAGGUACCACUAUAUUUAGCCACUGAAAUAGUGUGUCAGGAAAUCCAUGGACAAUGGGGUAGGAAAUAAGUAUCACAGGAAAUGAUAGAAAAGUAGGAAAACGUAGGUGAGUAGUCUCCAGAAAUUGCAUAUAGUCAGAACAACUUUGGAACCAGCCCCACAUGACCAUCCCUACCUUUCUGAAGCAGGCACACUGAGCAGGCCUUGCACCCCACGCAAGGCAGCAAGCUUUUAAGUUCUCUGCCUUGCUUACCAGGCUUUGAGAAGCUUCUUCCAAGAGCCUGAUAAGGAAGUCUGAGAGCUGUGAAGCUCUGCCAUGAGAACCCUUUGCAGAAAGAGCUUUUAAUUCUCCGCCUUCCAUGUGUUCAGUUUGUGCAAUUUCAGCUGACCAGCUGCCAAGCACGUAACGCUGCAAUUGCACAAGUUAAAUGCACAGAAGUUGCAAGUUAGUUAUAUUUCCAGUCCUUUCACUCUAUAGAAAUUUAAAAUCUGCGGUGUGUAUUUUUCAUAAUGAAAACAGAUUUUCGAAAUGGAAAUGUUACAUCCCUUUGAAUAAUUAAAGAUGGCCAUCAUAUCACAGUCUUCUAAUGUCAAUAUUUUGUUUUAUAUUCCAUUUUUAAAUUUGAUUUAUACUCAAGGUUUUAAUGUCAGUAGAGUAGAGGCUUCUUACCUACUUUAUUAUUGUAUUGUAUUUGAUAGAAACCUAAAUAAAUCAGAAGAUGCUGUUCUCCACACUGAGAAGGAAAUUGAAGAGAAUAAAAAAGCCCUCCAAGACUUAACAGAACAGCUGAAUACACUGGAAGAAAAAGCUGCUAAAGUUAUGAAUGACGGCAAAGAAGCUGAAGUAUGUAUGAUACUAACUUACAUUCUUUAAAUAGGGUGUGUUUUAAAAGAUGCAGAACAGUGUAUUAACACUAAAAAUGUAUGUGAUGUACAAGUAGAGUUUUAAUGCAUGUGGUAAUAAAAUCCACUACAAGUCUUCAACACCAGCAAAAAUUGUGUUUAAGAGAAAAUAUGAUUCAAUUGCUCAAUUUAUUUAUAUCAUUUUAAAGGUACGCUCAUAUUGCAUAAAAAUGAGGCGCUGUUCACUCCAGAGAAUUUACUAUUAACACAUUAAAAGCAUUACUCUUGCUGUUCCAGGUAAUAAUUCUAUAUGCAUCAGAAAAACGUGUGUUUGUAAGGGGUGUGUGUACAAAAAAAGCUGACUUUUCCCUCAUUCUCCAGGCAUUAGUGUACUACCAGUCCUUUGCACAGCUCAGAGGUGGUGAGAAAAGCUGGUGUUCCACAUGUCACUGAGUUGAUGCUACUCAACACAAGGCUGCACAGAGACGCCCCCUCCCUCCCUGCCCCUUUGUUAACACCUGCUGCCACUAUCCUAAAACAUUCCCUGCAGCAUUUGACCUUCCAAACGGUUAUGUUGGACAAUUAUUUUGACGAUGGGUAUUACCUGUGUUUUUUCACAUUUUAAAGAGACAUUAGCAUCUAGAACAAAUUGGAGCUCUAGAAAUGUAAACCCUUUCCGGUAACUGAAUAAUAAAAAAUAAACUUCCACCUAUGAUCUUUACUUAGGAGUCUUUGCCAGAGAUUCAAGCGGAACACCACUCUAUGCUUCAGAAAAUUAAAGCUAUCCAAGAUGAAGAGCAUUUGCUUCAAAAAGAGGCUCUUAAUAUUAGGCUUAAAAUUGAACAGCUAGACAGUCACAUUGCGGAGCAUCAAUCAAAGAUUAAAUAUUGGCAAAAAGAGGUAAACACUUUAUAAUACCUUACUAUUUUAAGAAAUACUAUAAUAUUAUGUUUUUGGGGGAAACUUUUUUUUACUGCUUUUCCCAAUCCUGUAAUAUAGCAGGAAUGGGUUCUUUGUUUUUUUGUUUUUUAUAUUGCAUGUUAUCUAUCAUACAGCAAACUACCAAGAUCCUGAAAAAACUAUAAAAGUCACAGACUAUGCCUCAUGGAAGAGUAUACUAUUUUUAUAUCCCACCCAGUCUCUUUAUUAUCUAGAGCCACUUUGCUAUCCGCAAAGCAUGAGCCUGGCUUACUUUUUUAAAGAAACAAUUUAAUUUCUGCAGUGUCCUGUAAAAUAGGGAGCACAUGCCUUGCAUUGCUACAAUGUCUGUUUGAUAUAGUUAAAACUCCAUACUAUCCAAGAUUUUUUUGUCUUGUUUUCUGGCUUGAAAUGGAUCAUUAUUCUUAUUUGGAUCACACUCAGAUAGUGCCUAAAUCAAGUUUGUUAAAUCAUAAAUCAUUAAAGUUGUUUCUUACCAAUAGGCUGCUUUUUCAUCAGAAGACCUUUAAAGUGACUACAUAUAUAAAUCUUAAAAUAUCAAAUAAAAAUGCACAAUUUCUAGAUGGGUGUGUAACUAAGAAUGCAAACUUGUUCUAUUAACAUACAGUUAAGGUACAAGAAAGUUCCUUAAAGUGUAGCUGUAGAAAUGUGAAUAUGACUUGUUCAUUAAUUACUUAAAAUGUAUUUUAGAUAUCAAAAAUAUCACUGCAUUCUCUGGAAGAUGAACAAGUAGAAGAACUUGCAGUGCUCAGCCAGGAAGAACUUGAGGCUAUAAGAAACCCGGAUAUUGUAACCAAUCAGAUAGCUCUUUUAGAAGCACAAUGUCAUGAAAUGAAACCAAACUUGGGUGCCAUUGCUGAAUAUAACAAAAAGGUAAUCAUACUUUUUUAAAACCAGUAUCUUGAAUUCGUACAAGCAGUUACAGAUCUGUGGCAAGACUGUUACCUGAAAUGCUUGUUCGACUAGUAUUUCUUGUUUGUCAUUGAGAGAACCUCUCCUUAUAAAGAGCUAAGUGGCAUUACUUCCUGAGGAAAUUAUAAAGUUUAUAGAUUCCUUACAAGUGCUCACUUCAGCUUGCAUGCUUUAGCAGGAAGAGAUUGGAUGAAUCCCAUACCAGAAAUAUUUCCAAAGGAAAUUGUGGGCUUGUUAUGUGAAUGCUUACCUACGAUCUCCAAGAGAGUGCAUUGUGUUUGGUAAGCAGGACCUGUGUGUAUAGCCCAGGCAUAGGCAAACUUGGCCCUCCAGAUGUUUUGUUUUUUUUUUGGCCUACAACUCCCAUGAUUCCUAGCUAACAGGACCAGUGGUCAGGGAUGAUGGGAAUUGUAGUCCCAAAACAUCUGGAGGGCUCAGUUUGCCUAUGCCUAGUAUAGCCCAACUUCUAGAUACCUUCUCAGAAAGUCUCUUCUUUCUCACUUUUUGUAUGGAGCAUUAAUUGAUGGAAGGGGAAUGCUAGGACAGCCUUCUUAUGUCCUUCCUUUGCACAGGUGCUAAACAUACAAGCCAGUUACUUCAUAAUCAAUGUUCGAAACUCCCAUUGUUCUAGACACAUUUAUGACAGGGAAUUUCAUUAGCAUGAGCAGUUUCUGAGUUCUGGGUGCAGUACUGCGCCUGAGAUUUCAGAUUAAAACUGCAGAGUGGAAGGAAAGGAGGACCUUUUUCUGCCUCCCCACUUCCAGCUACAAUCUGAAGACUGGACCCUCUGAAGAGACCCUGUUAAGAAUAUUAGGGGGUGGGGUGGGCUAAAGAAGGACUAGACCAUGUGAAAAAUGAACUUAAUAUUUUAACCUCAGUUCAUUUUCAGCUUUGUAUUGUUCUUAAAAAAGUGAGCCUAGACCUUUCGUUAUUGCACCCAUAACCUAUGUUUAAGGUGUCAUUUAGCUCCUAGCUUUCAUAUCUCAGUUUCUAACACUGUUCACAAUGGCAACAGAAACUUAGAAUUUAUUUUGUAUAUUAAAAUUCUGGAUAAAUAGAAUUUUGUACUUAAAUCUAUCUGAUCCUUAACAGAAACACUUAGGAGUCAUAUCGAAUAUGCACAUUUUCAAUUUUUAGGAGGAACUGUACUUGAAACGUGUGGCGGAGUUGGAUGAAAUAACCAAUAUGAGAGACAAAUUUAGGGAAGCUGAAGAAGAUCUUAGAAAACAAAGGCUUCAUGAAUUUAUGGCAGGAUUUAAUGUAAUAACAAAUAAACUAAAGGAAAACUACCAAAUGCUUACAUUGGGAGGAGAUGCUGAACUGGAGCUUGUAGAUAGUCUGGAUCCUUUCUCUGAAGGAAUCAUGUUCAGGUAGGUAUUUUCUGUAAAUAUCUUGAAGGUAUUUUGAUGGUCCUUUUACCACUUAUAUGUGGUAUAUUUAUGCUCAUUAAAUUUUGACUGCAGAAUUAACCAAACUUGGCUGACUCACAUGCAAUGCUAAAUUAAAGUUAUGUAGCAUAAGAAGGAUUGUAGCCCCCUCCACUGGUCUACAUAGCUGUUAAGAUUGUGAACUAAGAUAAAAUUCACUAAACUUGUUUUUUGUAUAUAAAGCAGAUCCUAAUUCGAAAUACUGAAGUGGCAUAAUAGUGCUCUACCAAACAGCACUGUUGUAAAAUUACUGAGAUAAUGUAUAUAGCAUAUACUUCUAACCUGCUUAGCACUGCUUAAAAGCUUGGUUGUGGAGAUUGUAAAUUGUAAACUCAUAAAUAUAUUCCUCUUUCUUUCAGUGUUCGUCCACCAAAGAAAAGCUGGAAGAAGAUUUUCAACUUGUCAGGUGGCGAGAAGACACUUAGCUCGCUCGCUUUGGUGUUUGCUUUACAUCAUUACAAACCAACUCCUCUUUACUUCAUGGAUGAAAUUGAUGCAGCCCUUGAUUUUAAAAACGUAUCCAUCGUAGCAUUUUACAUAUACGUAAGUAGUACAGAAGCCAAUAUCCAAGUUUUACAUUUUUAGUAGUAUCAAAUUAAUGCUAGUUUUGUGUAAAAUAAUUAGAAAAGGUCUUGGGUAUGUCUGCUUCUGGUGCAUGUCAAUGAAGAGCAGUGUUUCUCUGACUGAAGUGAAGUUACCCAAAAGGAAAGGGUUAAGACCCAGUACUGUCCACAAAAAUAAGGAAAAUGUCAUUAAGUCUUUGAAUUUACAUCUUAGUUGCUUGGAGCCUUCCCCAGUUUGCGCUUCCCUUUACUCCAGAACAGCUUUUUUCACAAGCUCACAAACAGGUAAAUCUGUUGACGACUGUUAACAACUGCAAUUGGUCUUUGAGAUCUUAUAUAGAAUGUCCUGGGAGACUGAAGUGUUCUCCUACUGGACAUAAAUCUGACAUCAGGAAUCACAAGACAGAGAAACCAGUAGGAGAACACUUCAGUCUCCCAGGACAUUCUAUACAAGAUCUCAAAGUAGCUGUCAUCUUACAAAAGAAUUUCAGAAAUAGACUGGAAAGAGAAGUUGUUGAAUUACAACUUAUUACCAAACUUAAAACCAUGGAGAGACCUGGUCUGAAUAGAGACAUUGGAUUCUUAUCUCAUUGUACAUGAUAAAGCUAUUUUUGGCCAUCUCAUCCCUUGCUUUUUCCUCUAAGACCAAUUGCAGUAAUUAACAGUCGUCAACAGGUUUACCACACCUAUCAGCCAAUCACCCAUCCCCACCACCCUUCUGAGUAAUACCCCUCUCCACCUUCUCACUAUAUAUAAAGGUCUGGUGACUUCUGUCUCAGUGUAUCUGAAGUAUGCAUACACACGAAAGCUCAUACCAAGAACAACCUUAGUUGGUCUCUAAGGUGCUACUGGACAAUUACUUAUUUUUUAUAUAUGUUUCUAAUGGAAGAGAUUGAACUAGUCUUGGUGGUUGUUAAUUACUAGCACUACUGCUUGAAAAAAACUGGGAAACUAUUGUGGGUUUUUUGCCAGGCUCAUUACAAAUCCUAAUUGAAAAUAUGUUUCAAUUUCUAGGAACAAACAAAAAAUGCACAAUUCAUCAUCAUCUCUCUAAGAAACAACAUGUUUGAAAUUGCGGAUAGACUAAUUGGGAUUUACAAGACUUACAAUACCACAAAAAGUGUUGCAACAAAUCCCAAAGUGAUUGCAUUGAAAGGACUUGCUGAACUUGGUUCUGUAGGGUGCUCCUGA